CCCCCCGGUACGCCGCUCUGUGGUAGCAGCACUUCCGGGCCGGGCGGCGGCCAUGGCGGCGGGCGGCAAGAAGGCCGUGUACCCCUUGUUCCAGCUGGGCGGCCCCCAGUUGCGAAUUUUCCGCCCCAACUUCUUCAUGUUGGCGGUGCGGCCCGGCGUGCCGCAGCCUGAGGACACCGUGCAGUUCCGCGUCUCCAUGGAGUGAGUGCGGGCGGAGGGCGGCACGUCGGCCCAGGGAGCGAACGGCUCCCCGUCUGCUUUGUCCAACCUGCUGCUCUUUACGUGCCUGUGGGGUGAGGGCGAGGGACUGGAAGGAGCGUUACAGAUGGGCUUCUAUUCUGCAGGUGCAAACAACAAGAGAAACCAUAAGAAUCAGAGAGUGAAGAAGCCAGAUUACAAGGUCGCCUACGUACAGCUGGGUCAAGGGAAAACCUUUCAGUUUCCCAACCUAUUUCCAGAGAAAGAAGACUCCGAAGCUGAGGCUUUUGAUGACUUCAGGAAAAGGUUCAUGGAGAAAGAGCAGCAGAGCCAGAAGGGUGACCCCAGACGAGGUGGAGUCCCCGAUUGGUUUGGACUUUGAUGCAAGAAGCCAGCUGCCUUUCUUUAGGCCCAGAGGGAUUUUAAUCAGUAGAACUUGCACUCUUCUCAUAAUGACUGUGGGUUUAUUCCUGAGCAGUGCUUGCUAGUGUGGUUGUUUUUUUUUUUUUUUUCCUGGCUGUUUAUGCUUGACUGCCACAAAAUGGCCUUAAAGAAAUAAAAAGGUAAAAUAAA